GUUUAAAGCAAUUGUACGUUCGCGGAAAAAUUUUGAAAGGAAUAACCCUGGCACGCUGUCGUGACUGUCGCGUGGACUUCUGUUUUAAGUUGUUCUGAGCAGUACCAAACACUCUUUGUUGUAAAAAUAGUAGAAAUAAAGGUUAUGCAUUUAAGUAUUAAGUAAUAAACUAAAAUAAUAAGCAGGUUGUAGAUACACAAAUUCAAAAAUGGAUUUCUUGGAAUAUCCAGAAGUAAUUGCAGAAGUGAAAGGAGCAAUGACUCCAGGACGACUAAAAUUAACAGAUCAGCACAUAAUUUUCAAAAAUCAGAAAACAGGCAAAGUGGAGCAAAUUUCAGCGUCAGACAUGGAAAUGGUAAAUUAUCAGAAAUUCAUUGGCACUUGGGGUUUGCGUAUAUUUCUAAAGAAUGGAACUUUACAUAGAUUUCGUGGUUUUAAGGAUGCGGAUCAAGAAAAAAUUGCUAAGUUCUUUCUACAAAAUUAUAAGAAAGAUAUGUUAGAAAAAGAACUCAGUUUGAAAGGUUGGAAUUGGGGUACAGCCAGGUUUAAUGGUUCUGUUUUGAGUUUUGAUGUUGGUCAUCACACUGCAUUUGAAAUUCCAUUGUAUGAUGUGUCUCAAUGUAAUACUGGGAAAAAUGAAGUUACAUUAGAAUUUCAUCAGAAUGACGAUGCACCUGUAAGUUUAAUGGAAAUGAGAUUUCAUAUUCCAGUUAGUGAUAGCGUAGAUCAGGAUCCUGUAGAAGCAUUCCAUCAACAAGUUAUGGACAAAGCUUCUGUUAUUAGUGUCAGUGGAGAUGCCAUUGCUAUAUUUAGAGAAAUUCAGUGUCUUACACCUCGUGGUCGCUAUGACAUAAAAAUAUUUCAGUCAUUCUUCCAAUUGCAUGGUAAAACUUUUGAUUACAAAAUUCCAAUGUCAACAGUUUUAAGGCUUUUCCUUUUACCACAUAAAGAUAGUAGGCAAAUGUAUUUUGUGGUCAGCUUGGAUCCACCAAUUAAGCAGGGUCAAACUCGUUAUCAUUAUUUGGUAUUAUUGUUUAAUCAAGAAGAAGAAACAUCUAUCGAAUUGCCUUUCUCUGAGAAAGAAUUGAAAGACAAGUAUGAAGACAAAUUAACAAAAGAGUUAUCAGGACCAACGUAUGAAGUAUUAGGAAAAGUAAUGAAAGUUAUAAUUAACAGAAAAAUUACUGGUCCUGGUAAUUUCUCGAGUCAUUCUGGAGCUCUUGCGAUUAGUUGCUCCUUCAAAGCAGCCGCAGGUUACCUCUAUCCUUUGGAAAGAGGAUUCAUUUAUGUUCAUAAACCACCGAUUCAUAUUCGCUUUGAAGAAAUAGCGUCUGUAAAUUUUGCUCGUGGUGGAGGCUCUACCAGAUCUUUCGAUUUUGAAAUUGAAUUAACUAGCGGUGUUAUUCACACAUUUAGUAGCAUUGAGAAAGAGGAAUAUGGGAAAUUGUUUGAUUUUAUUACUUCAAAGAAAUUACGCGUUAAAAAUAGAGGCAAGAGCGACAAAUUGAGUUACGAUAAUGACUUUGGUGAUAGCGAUCAAGAAGAUGAACCAGAUGCAUAUUUGGCAAGAGUUAAAGCUGAGGCGCAAGAAAGAGAUGCGGAAGAUAAUCAAGAUUCUGAAGACGAAUCCACUGAUGAAGAUUUCAAUCCUAAUCAAGAUGAGAGUGAUGUAGCAGAAGAGUACGAUAGUAAUCCUAAUACAUCUGAAAGCGAAAAUGAUUCUGAUGCAUCUGGAAAAAGUCAAAAGAAAGAGAAAAAGGAGAAGAAAGAGAAGAAAGAAAAGAAACCAAAAUCAGCUAAAACAGUGUCAGAGAAACCGAGAAAACCUAGGAAGCAGAAAGCAGAAAAAGAUGCGAACAAACCUAAACGACCCCCGACGGCGUUCAUGAUCUGGUUAAACAGUGCUCGAGAAAAGAUCAAAGCAGAUAAUCCGGGCAUUGCGGUUACAGAAAUUGCCAAAAAAGGAGGGGAAAUGUGGAGAGAACUUAAAGACAAAUCUGAAUGGGAGGAGAAAGCAGCAAAGGCAAAGAAGGAAUACACAGCUUCAAUGAAAGAGUAUGAAGCUAAUGUUAAAGGAGAUGGUCAAGCAGGUGGUCAAGCAGGUGGUCAAGCAGGUGGUCAAGGGAAAGAAAAGAAAGAAAAAGUAGAAAGAAAAAAGAAAGAAGUGAAGAAGGAAUCUCCUACUAAACAAGUGUCAGGAAAUUCUUUCAAGAGCAAAGAAUAUAUUAGCGAUGUUGAUAGUAGCAGCGAUGAAGAUACGAAGGUAAAGGAAGAAAAGAAACGUUCAGAUGAAGAUAGUGACGAAAACAAGGGAAAGAAAAGAGGAGAAAAACGUAGUGCGGAUGAUGAUGAUAAGAAACCAAAGAAGGAAAAAAAAGAUGAAUCCGAUGAAGGUAGCGAUGAAGAAUCUAUCGAAUAUACUCCGCAAUCUAGCGAUGCGGAAUCUAAGGAAAGCGAUUAGUUGAUAAGAAUCAUUGUACAUAAGAAUGUACUGUUAGUAUUUCAGGAAAUAUUAAAAUAUGUCUGAAACUUAAUGGUUUUUGAACUAUAAAAUUAUGUUAUAUUUGUAUUUGCCUUACUGCAAUUUAUUUAAUUUUUAAAAAUAUUUGUAUUUUUA